CGGCGCUGUCUGAAAACAACUCGCACAACAUGAUGGGUGUUGUUGUUGUUGCGUGAGAGGUCCUCUUUGAUGGGAAAAAGAUAAUUAUUUUUGGUGGCACCAUGGCGGCUCAACGAGCACUGCCGCAAAGCAAAGAGGCUUUACUGAAGUCGUACACAACGAGGUUAAAGGACGAUGUGAAGUCUAUGCUGGAAAACUUUGAAGAGAUCAUAAAGCUGGCCAAAGGCGAGAGCGACUCCCAAUUAUCACGGAUGACACAAUGCGAGCAGGACACGUACGAAAUGCACGUUAGAGCUGCGAAUAUUGUACGCGCCGGCGAAUCCCUGAUGAAACUUGUCUCCGAUAUAAAACAGUAUUUGAUACUAAACGAUUUCCCAUCUGUGAACGAGGCCAUAGGGCAAAAUAGCAAACUGUUCAGAACGAAACAGGCGGAAUGCGAUCAGAAAUUGGCAUCUCUACGUGACGACAUGGCUGCGGAUCUGUACGACCUGGAGGAGGAGUAUUACACUUCGAUAUACAAAUAACGGAAGCUCUGCCAGUCAGAGAGAAAUGCACAGUUGUGUGCGCCCACCGCGCGGACCAUGCCGUGACAACAAAUGUGAUUUAUUUGUUCGGUAAACUGUAUAUAUUUAUUUAAAUAAAUAAGAAUAAUUUUGAUAUUA